GAAGUGUGUGAUCCGCACAGAUGAGCGCGUGCCUUCACAUCUGGAACAGCUUUUUUUUAUUUUUAAAAGAGAGAGAGAGAGAGAGAGACAGAGAGAGGCGGGAGGAAUAAGCGUCUGUGGGCAUUGAUGCCCACCUCCACGUGCACGUGCACACACCGGCCGCUCUGACCGCGCGGACAGGACCGUGAACGCGUCUUGGUUUCCUGCCCGCAGCUCCUAACAGGUGUUGGAGACUAAUCAUGUCCAAUGGGAAGGACGGGACUGCCGAGGACAACAAGUGCGGCGGCUCCUCGGAGGUGGCGAGCCUGAAGGAGUGCCUGGACGAGUGCAUGGAGGCGCUGGAUCUCUUCCUUAACAACCACUUCAACGAGAGCCUGGAGAGGCUGCGGCCAAGGGUGAACGAGAGCAUGUACCAUGCACUCAUCUACGCCACGGUGCUGGAAAUGCAGGCCAUGAUGACUUUCCAGCACGAAGACCUCAGCAACGCAGGGAACACCAUGAAGAGUGCUCAGGAGGUCUGCCAGAGGUUUCGACGGAAAUCUCCGGGUUUGACCAACAAGUCAAUAGGAGAGUCGUUCUCUGAAGUGCAGCUUCAUGCAGAAGUGUGUUUUGCAGAGUGCCAGCUGCAGAGAGCUGCUCUCACCUUCCUCCAGGAUGAGAACAUGGUGAGUUUUAUCAAAGGAGGAAUUAAAGUACGAAACAGCUACAUGAUUUACAAAGAGGUGCAUUCCUUCAUCAAGUCUUACAACUGCGUGAAAGGGCCGAGCCACGUUCACUUAGAGGGGGGGAUGUCGUUCGGAGUGGGAGCUUUUAAUCUGACCCUCUCUCUUUUUCCACCCCGGAUACUCAAACUUCUGGAGUUCGCAGGCUUCUCUGGAGACAAGGAUCUGGGCCUGGCUCUGCUGCGUGACGGCGCGACGGGGACCAACCUGCGCUCCAUGCUGUGCGCCCUGCUGCUGCUCUGCUACUACACCUUCCUCACGUUCUUACUCGGUACGGGCGAAGGAGAGGUGGCAGAGGCUGAAACCCUCCUGAAGCCUUUCCAGCUCCGCUACCCGCAGGGAGCGAUAUUCCUCUUCUUCGCCGGCAGAAUCGAGGAGAUCAAAGGGAACAUCGACAAGGCGGUGGCGCUCUUCGACGACGGCUGCAAGGCGCAGCAGACGUGGAAGCAGUUCCACCACAUGUGCUACUGGGAGCUGAUGUGGUGCUUCACCUACAAGCGCGAGUGGAAGAUGGCGUACUUCUACGCCGACCUGCUGAGCCAGGAGAGCCGCUGGUCCAAGGCCAUGUACAUGUACAUGAAGGCUGCGUACCUCAGCAUGCUGCCGCAGGACGAGGCCAGGCCGUUCGGGGAGGACGAAGUCGAGCUCUUCAGACGAGUGCCCACCCUGAAACAGAAGAUCGCCGGGAAGUCUCCACCGACGGAGAAGUUCGCAAUCCGGAAAGCCAGAAGAUACAAGUCUCCUCAACCCGUCCGGCUCCCCGUCCCAGUGCUGGAGAUGAUGUACAUAUGGAACGGCUUCAGCAUGAUCAAGAAGCAGCCUCAGCUGACUGAAGGGAUGCUGCAGACUCUGUCGGAGGCCGAGCGUCGGAUCCUGGAGGCUCCAGAGAACGAGUACACGCUGGACGACUGCUGCGUGAUCCACAUGCUGAAGGGCCUGUGCCUGAAGAACCAGGGCCUGCUGCGGGACGCCGAGGACCACUUCAUCAAAGUCUGCGCAAAUGAGAAGAAGAUCCGCUUCGAUGACUACCUGGUGCCCAACUGUCUGGUGGAGCUCAGUCUGCUCUACGUCGACCAGGGCCGGAGGGAGGAGGCCAUCAAACUGCUGCGCAAGGCCAAACACAACUACAAAGACUACUCCAUGGAGUCGCGCACACAGUUCCGGGUUCACGCCGCUCUGUCCAAGCUGAAAGCGGAGCCCGGCGAGGAGGACGACGCCCCGCUGUAGGAGGUCCGUCUUCUCCGGUUCCACUCAGGACUCCUCGGUUUAAAGUCUGACUUCCAGCUGAGGGAGCGCAGACUUCAAGAAAAUUCUUCCAUAAACACUAAAUAUUUGAAAAGAAUAUCUAAUGUAAUUCCUUUUAGGACUUUAAAAUAAGAUUUAUUAGACGGAUGUUUGUAGUAUUUCAUGUGUAACUGAUGGAAAACUUCUUGAUUUACUGUUGUGGGUUUUGCUGAAGAAAACGGUUGUGAUGUAUUUUUUCAUAAAUAAAUUAAACUUCUGAAACACCUUCA